AUGCCAUCCAGGACAAAAACAGCCAUGUUUGGCUUUGCUUUUCUUACCUGCCUUUGCUCCUUCGUGGUGAUCUGCGUUGUGUUGGCGAGCCAGCACUGGAUGAGUAGCAAGGUUCGCUUUAUGGGCACUAACUCCAGCACGACUGUAAGCCUCACCUAUGGACUUUUUAGUGGUACCUGUGCACAGUCUGUCGAUGCAGGACUUCAGCUUUCAUCAAAGACUUUCAAAGUUGCAGAUAACCUGAGCAACACCAGUGCAAAAAGCAUGAUCACAGCUAUUAUUGUGAUCCUGGUCCUCAGUUUACUGAGUUCCCUCCUGAGCUCUGGAUUUACCUGCACUAAUGCUGUCAGUAAUCCCUACCAGACCUUUCUGGGACCUAUUGGAGUCUAUACCUGGAAUUCCUUAUGUGGAAUCUUCACACUUAUAGCCAUGAUACUUUUCCCUGUGAGCAUAGAAGAAAACAGCCUGUCUGUCAAACUGGCCCAAGGAUGCUUUGCCUUUCUGCAGACACAUGUGGGAUCGGAACACACAUAUGGAUAUUCAUACUGGAUCAUGCUGCUCAUCAUUUUUCUGAACAUUGCUUCUCUCAUCAUCAUAUACUUCUAUGAACAUGCUAGAUAUUCUAAAAAGAAAGAACAGGAAAGACCCAUUCAAAAUGAACCAAAAGAUGUCAUUCUCUUUUAG